AUGCCAAAAGUAAGAUGGAAUACCGUCAGGACCAGGCUCAGCUUGUCCUUGAGUUUAGAGAUUCCUCCGAAAAUUUUACCAAAACAGAAGAUUUGCAUGAUCGCGACUAGAUUCGCAGAAGGAUAUAGACGUAUUUCAGACUCGAACAUAACAGAUCUGGCCGAAGUAGAAUCUUCUUCAAUCUCAGCAAUAUCUAAUUUGAUCGUUGACUGGAUAUCCAAUGCUAUUCAGUACAUUACCGAACUUCUAGACUUGAAGGUGCGAUCGGUAAGGUUCAUAGCAUCGCUUUAUACCAAUGAAAACUUGACUUUACUGAAAAAUUUCAUGAAUCUUGCUCUGAGAAUUGGUCAUUGGCUUCACGAUAUUAUUCCAAAUUCCACUGGUGGAGGAGCCCAAACUUCCUUGUCAUUCCUGUUUCCUGAACUGAAUCAAUCGAGGGAAGAUGCUGAAAAUAACAACGACGGUCAUUCACUGACAACUGCUUUGGAUUCGACUUCAGAUUCGACAGAUGAUUCAAGUGAUUUGAAUGAAAUAGAUGAUACAAAUGAGAAUUUAUACAGGGACAGAUAUGGGAAACAAAUGCUUAAUUUGGAAACUUUGAUUAACGCACGCAGUAGAAAUAGAAAUUUUUAAAAUAGAUAUCACAAAAUAUAUUUUCAAGUUUU